AUGGCUAUGGUGGCGUGGAGAAACACGGAGGGCGUCGGGGACACCCAGGGGACCCUCUCCUCCCCGGUGUCCCAGGUCGCGCCUCUGUCUCUGUCCGGGGAGAUGACGGGACACAUGAACCCGGCGCCCUCUCUGGAAUUACCCCCGGCGGCUCCCCAGGGCGCACCGCAUCCCAACCCGUCCAGCGCCGCCACAGCGACCACCACCACCGGCGGCGGCAACAAUAACAAUACGACCUCCUCUUCCUCCUCCUCCUCCUCGUCCAUGGACAAGCAGCAGAGCCAGCACAUCGAGUGCAUCGUGUGCGGGGACAAAUCCAGCGGGAAGCACUACGGACAGUUCACUUGUGAGGGAUGUAAGAGCUUCUUCAAGCGCAGCGUCAGGAGGAACCUGAGCUACACCUGCAGGGCCAACAGGAACUGCCCCGUGGACCAGCACCACCGCAACCAGUGCCAGUACUGCCGCCUGAAGAAAUGCCUGAAAGUCGGCAUGAGGAGGGAAGGUACGCGCUGGCAUCCUCCUCUUGUUGCUCUGGCUGUCCAGCGAGGCAGGAUUCCCACCCAGUCUUACCACGGCCAGUUCGCCCUGACGAACGGAGACCCUCUGCAGUGUCACUCCUACCUAUCGGGAUACAUCUCCCUGCUGCUGAGGGCCGAGCCCUACCCAACCUCCAGGUUCGGCUCCCAGUGUCUGCAGAGCAACAACAUCAUGGGCAUCGAGAACAUCUGCGAGCUGGCGGCCCGCAUGCUCUUCAGCGCCGUGGAGUGGGCCCGCAACAUCCCCUUCUUCCCGGACCUGCAGGUGCCGGACCAGGUGGCCCUGCUCCGCCUCACCUGGAGCGAACUGUUCGUGCUGAACGCCGCCCAGUGCUCCAUGCCCGUCCACGUGGCCCCCCUGCUGGCCGCCGCCGGCCUGCACGCCUCGCCGAUGUCCGCGGACCGGGUGGUGGCCUUCAUGGACCACAUCCGGGUGUUCCAGGAGCAGGUGGAGAAGCUGAAGGUGCUGCACGUAGACUCUGCGGAGUACAGUUGCAUCAAGGCCAUCGUGCUGUUCACCACAGAUGCUUGUGGUCUCUCGGAUGUGGCCCACGUGGAGGGUCUGCAGGAGAAAUCCCAGUGCGCUUUAGAAGAGUACGUAAGGAGCCAGUACCCCAACCAGCCCAACAGGUUUGGGAAGCUGCUGCUCCGUCUGCCUUCCCUCCGCACUGUCUCGUCUUCUGUCAUAGAGCAGCUUUUCUUUGUGCGUCUGGUGGGGAAAACCCCCAUAGAGACUCUGAUAAGGGACAUGCUGCUGUCCGGCAGCAGCUUCAACUGGCCUUACAUGCCCAUUCAGUAG